CUGGAAUUCCAGGAAAUUUUGCACAUUUUGAGAGUGGUAUUCUACACACAUACACACAUACACACAUACACACCAUACAUAUACACACAUAUACACAUAAACACAUACACACAUAUACACAUACACCAUCACAUACACACAUACACACACAUAACACACCAUAUACACACGUGCACACAUAUACACAUACAUACACACAUCACAUGCACACAUACACAC